UACCAGGCAACACUCCCUUGGGUCCUUUGUCCCCUUGGCGUACCAUGAGAGUCGCCGAAGCUUGCUCAUUCAGUCUCAGCACUCAGCAUUCCUCAUUGGGCACGUCACUUCGAUGGCCGGGACAGACGGAGUAAAAGCGGUAUAUAGUAAAGGCCCCGAUCCUCCUUGCCAAUUCACGUCCGCCUUACCUCCCAACACCAUAACAUUCGUUUGCGCCAACCUCCGUACCUAUUCUCUGCCGCUCCCGACCUGAAAGGUUUGACAUCUUUCACGCCGUCUCCGAUACACGCUUUCUCUUUCUUUACCAAUCUCGUUCAUUAUGGUCCAGGUGACCUUUGCCGCCCUUUCCCUUGCCCUCUUGGCCGCCGUCUCAUCGGUCCAGGCCCAUCCUUACCUGACUGAGCGAUCGGAUGUUACCGACUGCGUCACUGCAAUCACUGGUACUUUUGGAUUUGGUAGUAUCAGCUCUCAGGGCGUGGCCAGGGUGGCCAGGUCGAAUGCCGCCCUGAGCUCCGCCAGGACACAGACAUCGGCCGUUACAAAUACCUUGGCUCGAUACGUCGUGACGUUGGACGACACUGGCGCCGAAGUUGCGGCUUCGAGCUUCGAGUGGGCAAACUGCACAGCCGCUCUCAAGGAUGCUGGAUGGUCACUCGAGUUGCCCAGCAACUACAAGACCAUCUUCGGCUCAUCGACUGGCAAGACUUUUGAGUACGGUUGGGGAAUCGUCAGGCCAGAGGGUGCCAGCACCUACUGUCUCUCGCUUCAGUCUGCUCCUACCUCCUCCUCCUUCACCAACCAGCGUCUCCUGAGCGUACCCUGCGCCAGCACCACUCAUGCGACCAGGAUCUUCUUUGCAGCUAGGGAGGUCAACAGCGACACCGCUACCACCUUCAUGACGCCUGUACCCCUCCUCAAGAGUGGUACCACCGUGUCUGGUAGCGCCGUUGUAGGGACCGACUCGUUCGGAACGAUCCGCGUCAGUUCUGCUGCCGUCACAUCGCCCAGGUAUCUGACCCUGACUCCCGAAGACGACGGCUGCUGAGGGUGGGCAACAUCCCCCGACCGUACAUAGACUGGAAGGAUGGGUUUGAGGAUGGGUUAGCACCCUUGGAGGCCGUCGGAAGGAGAAGGAUGAAUGAUGUCCACCCCAUUUGUACAAAUCUCUGUCUGUUUGCUUGCCUUGUCCCCUGAUGCCCUGCUGCUCUUGUCUGUCCC